AUGACCACAGCAGUCCGCAUAUGCGUUUGCGGUGACGAAGGCACUGGCAAGUCGAGCCUCAUCGCCUCGCUGGUCAAGGACCAGUUCAUCAACAAUAAGAUCCAAUCUGUUCUUCCGCAAAUUACCAUCCCGCCCAGCAUUGGCACGCCAGAAAAUGUCACAACCACAGUCGUCGACACGUCGGCGCGUCCGCAAGAUCGCACAACAUUACGAAAGGAGAUUCGAAAAUGCAACGUCAUCCUCCUGAUAUACUCGGACCACUACAGCUACGAGCGCGUAGCUCUGUUCUGGAUGCCGUACUUCCGCUCGCUGGGCGUCAAUGUCCCCGUUGUGCUCUGUGCCAACAAGUCUGACCUCGCAGGCCAAGCCAACACGCCGCAGGUUGUCGAGGAAGAGCUUCUACCAGUCAUGGCAGAAUUCCGUGAAAUCGACUCGUGCAUCCGAACGAGCGCCCGCGAGCACCGCAAUGUCAACGAAGUCUUUUUUCUGUGCCAAAAAGCCGUCACACACCCAAUCGCACCUCUGUUCGAUUACAAGGAAGGAAAACUCAAGCCGGCUUGUGUAGCUGCGCUCAACCGUAUCUUUUUCCUGUGCGAUAAGGAUCAGGAUGGGUACCUCAACACAGAGGAGAUGCGAGAGUUCCAGCUCAAGUGCUUCGACAAGCCGCUAACCGACGAUGAUCUCGAAAAUAUCAAGCUCUCUAUCGCAAAGUCUUUGCCAGAAGUAAACCUAGAGCCUGGUAUCGACUUGCAAGGAUUCCUCCAGCUCAACAAGCUGUAUGCCGAAAAGGGCCGCCACGAGACGAUCUGGAUCAUUCUGCGCGAGUACCACUACACCGAUAGCCUGAGCCUCGAAGACAAAUUUCUCCACCCCAAAUUUGACGUUCCUGAAUUCUCUUCGGCUGAGCUCAGUCCCGCUGGAUACCGCUUCUUUGUCGACCUGUUUCUGCUCUUCGAUAAGGAUAACGAUGGAGGCUUGAACGAUGAAGAGCUCGAGGCACUCUUUGCUCCCACGCCGGGCCUACCCGCAUCCUGGGUUGAAUCGUCAUUCCCGUCGACUACCGUGCGAAACGAAGCUGGUCACAUCACUCUACAAGGAUGGCUUGCGCAAUGGAGCAUGACCACCUUCUUGGAACCACACACCACUAUCUCGUACCUCGCAUAUCUCGGCUUCGAACCUCAAAACCCAAAGGAUCCUAUUACGGCAGCGCUCAAAAUCACGAAAUCACGCAAGAGAAGACGUCGACCCGGCCGCGUUGAGAGAAAUGUCGUGCUCUGCUACUUGAUCGGAGCUCCCGGCGCUGGCAAGUCUUCACUGCUUGACGCGUUCCUGAAUCGGCCAUUCGAUGGCCUGUACCGUCCAACGAUCAAGCCACGACGCACAGUAAACAGCGUGGAGCUGCCCGGAGGCAAGCAAGUCUAUAUGAUUUUUGAGGAGCUCGGCGAACUGGAGCCAGCGAUCCUGGAGAACCCGGCUAAGCUGGAUGCCUGCGACCUGAAGUAUUCUCACCUCGACGAGCUCCCCUCGGUGUACACGGCCCUCAAGGCCGACAAAGACAAGACGACGCAACGCAGCGAGCUGCAGCCCGACCAGUACACCGCCGCCAUCAACAUGAGCACCCCGCUACACGUCAGCGUCACAUGGAACAGCAUCGCCGAGCUCUUUGUCGCCGUCGCCGAGGCGGCCACCAACCCCAGCACCGGCUUCCCCAAGAGCGAAGAGGAGGCUCCCGACCGCAGCGGCCUGUACAUUGCUCUUGGAGCCACUGCCUGCGCCGUCGUUGCCGCAGCCAUGAUCUGGCGCCGAUCCACCAACUCUGCCUAG